UAUGCUUAUUGGGUGGAUCUGCGGAAGCCAGAAGAAGACGCUGACUGCAUUGCCUUAUCAGUGGAGGUUCAGCUGACAGACGCCAAAGGAGUUAACGACGGAAGCAGACAUGCCGUUGUUGUGAAAAGCAAGGUCAACAACAAGCUUAUUUUAACUGAUCGAGUCGUCGUCGUAGCGAGAGUGCCACACGACCCUUUUCUCCACGUGAACCUGAGAUUGGUCAGCCAUCCCACAGUGAAUGUGUAG